UUACCAUGUAUAUACAUAGUGAACUGACAGUGUUGUUGCUGUAUCUGGAGCCUGUGUACUGUGUAUAUAGUACAAUAACCGUCAGAACUGACUUGUGCAAAGUGCAGAGGUGACUAGCAUAUUAAUUUACGUGUAAUUUACAGAAAAUCAACUUGUACUGCACAUAGCUCUGGACUAUUUUCUAAGACAUCACGAAAUGUGCUAGAUUAGCAAAUUCUUCCACUAUUUUACUUAAUGUUCUCCAUUCUCCACUUCUCCCCUUCCCCCCUUCACUCUCUCACAACAGACGACGAGGCGUUUGUCAAGUUCCUGGUUCCGUCGAUGGUGCCAGGGAUGAUCAUUGGCAGUGCGGGUACCACGAUAGCCGAACUCAUGGAUGCCACCCGGACGUCCAUCAAGUUCUCUCGCGGUCAGGAGACUUAUCCCGGGACCGGGGAGCGCGUCUGCUGCAUCUCCGGACCCAUCGCCAACAUCUGUGACGCCGUUCGCGAGGUGUUUGCUAAGAUGAGCGAUCCCGGCCAUAGCAGGUACGAUGACCUGCAGUCGUCUCUGGGCAAGUUCCGUAUGCUGGUGUCCAACAUUGCGGCCGGGAUGGUUAUCGGGAAGUCUGGCCAGACCAUCAAGAGCCUCCAGGAGGAGAGCGACGUAAAGAUUCAGAUCAGCAAGAAAGACGACACGGCUGCCCUCCCCGAGAGAAUCCUCACUAUCACCGCAGCUUCGACUGAAGCCAUCCUCCGGGCACUGGGACCCAUUCUGGAGUUGACUCGAAACGACCCCGACCUCCAGAAAUGGAGGAAGCUUAUUUCGUACUCCAACUACCCCGCGGCCUCGUCCCGCCGGGUCCCCUCCCCCGCCACUUCCACCGUUCUCAACAACAGUUUCUCCGGAGUCAGUGGGGCAUCAGGGGGGAUGGGGCCUGCGGGGAUGUUCAACACCCACGCCAUGUCGAAUCUUCAGUCUUCCGUCAUGGCUGGUGCCGGGGGUAGUGACUACUCCUCCCCCACCAGUUUCAUGAGCAUGUUCCAGCAUCCGGCGUACGCUGCCGCGUUUGCCAACAACAGCAUGGCCCAGCAGAUGGCGCAGGCCGCUGCCCAGCAGAACAGUGCCGGAUCGUCAUUCAACGCGGCUCUCCUCUCCUACUCCUACGCCCAGUCCCUCAUGAGCAACUCAUCGUAUCUCGGACACAUGAAUCCGGUGAUGGUGGACGGCGUAAACCUCAUGGUACCCGGAGCCACCCUCUGCACCUACGAGAUCGCCGUCCCUGAAAUAAUGAUCGGCUCGGUCAUUGGCCACGGAGCGAAACUCCUCACGGACCUAAUGCAGGCGACGUCCACCAGAAUCACCCUAUCGGGGAAGGGGGAGUAUAUCCCGGGAACGUACAAUCGGAAGCUGACAAUCAUUGGCCCGAUUCUCUCGGUGCAGGCGGCCCAGAUGGUCGUGGUGCAGAAGAUCAUGAAGGAACAAGAGGUGUACCGCAAGCAGGGCCUCGUCUGACGGCCUCUCAUUUUUGGAGCUGAAGAAAUCCGAGUGUGGAGGAGGAAGAGGGAGGGAGGAAGGUGCGUUGGAGUGGGUGUGUAUCCAACCCUCUGGUCCCCAGACUUUGUAUGAUAUGAUAUGACUGGUAGGUAGUGUUGGCAUGAACGAGGAUGCAUGCUACUCCGAUGAUCACACAGAUUUCAGGGUCAUUUAUACCCCCUAACUAUUGUGCGUGUAAAUCAGCUCAUGUUCGAUUCACACAGUAUCUCAUACGCCCCUCAAUGCAUUCCUCCCCCAAAAGACGCAGUGCUGUUCAAUCAAUCAAUACCAUUGACUCAGUCACCCAUACCCUGUCACAUACAUCAGCUCCUCAGUGUGUGUGGUUACGGUCGGUCAUCCAGCUUUAGAGAUUAACACAUGCCUCAUGUCACAUGCAUUCCAUAACAUAUUUGCCUGCCACACCUUGUAAUUGUCACAUGACGGAGCUUUUGGGGAAACGGUAUUAUGUGUGAUAUUUGCCUUCUGUGGAAGCUGUGAAAGCUAUACGUAGACCUUUCAGAUCUGAUUGAUGUUUUUAUCAUGUCUCAUUUCGUCCCACCCUCUAGGUCAUUUAUCACUCACCUCCUCCUCCUCCUCCUCCUCUUCGCCCUCCCCUCUCUCACCCUCUUUCUGUAUACCUUUCCUGUCGUCAGCUGUAAUCCCCCAACUCACACAUCUCACUCGUCACACCAAUCACUGACCUCACAACACUCACAACGGAUCGUUUUCCUCACCACUCGUCCAUCGAUCAUCAUUAGCCACACCCACCACCUCAACUCCACCC